CUGUGAGGGAGGGCGGAGGGAGAGCUGGGCCGCCCCUCUCUCUCUCUCUCUCUGUGGGAGUUGAUGUUGUUAAUCAUGGCGGGUGUGAGGCAGACAAAGGCGCUGAGACUCACUUCAGAAGUGCAGGUUUAAGAAAGUUUCCUCAUGUGUUUCACUUUUAAUUAAAAAUAUAAAUGAAAGAAUUACCUCCUUCUGGGGAAAAAUCACCCUGGUUAUGUUUAAAUGGAUGAGGCUAUUUCUAAUAAUCACAGAGGAAGCUGAGAAGGUGGAUCAGGAUAUUGGCCCAGGGGAAUUGGUGUCAAAGUUUUAAGCUGAUGCCAAGAACACAAGCUGGAGUUAAUUCUUCAGAAGAGCAAAGGAAGCUGCAAGAGGAUAUUGAUAAGAUGGAGGAAUAGGCUACAAAAAAAAGUGCAGUAACAUAAUGUCACACUACACAGACGAGCCUAGGUUUACAAUCGAACAGAUUGACUUGUUGCAGCGUCUUCGAAGGAGUGGAAUGACAAAGCGUGACAUAAUAAAUGCGCUGGAGACCCUGGACCGGCUUGACCAGGAGCACACUGAGAAAUUCGGCAAAAGGCAUAGCUACAAUAACAGUUCCUAUGGCAACAGCAACAACGUCCCCGCAUCGUCCUCAACAGUCACGGCCGCGACGCAGACCCAAUACAGUGGCGCAUCGCCGUCUCCGAGUAACAGCUACGACACUUCUCCACCGCCGUGCAGCACUAACCUGAACGGACGGGAGAGCGUUAACAGUGAGAAACUGCCGGUGGCAAACGGCAGGCUGUCACCCAACCGUUUCCACAGUAACAGUAGCCAGAGGAUGGGGAGUUCCCACACAUUGGAAGAGGAGACAGACCUAGAAGAAAAGGUUGAGGAGCUCAUGAGGAGGGACAGCACUGCUGUUAAAGAAGAGAUAAAGAGCUUUCUUUCUAAUCGGAUGAUUUCCCAGACUAUUGUGGGCCAGGUCACAGGAAUGAGUCGAAGCUUCAUUUCUCAGUGGCUAUUGCAGCAGGGACUAGAUAUGAGUGAACCCAAGAAGCGGACGUUAUACAGAUGGUAUCUCCUGGAGAAGAUUAAUCCAGGAGCUACCUUAAACAUGAGGCCAGCCUCAUCCACCACGGAGGAACCAGAGUGGAAACAAUCGACGCCACCCAUUGGCGCCACAUCGGGCAACUUCCGUCUUCGAAGGGGCAGCCGAUUCACCUGGCGGAAGGAGUGCCUGACUGUCAUGGAAAGUUACUUCAAUGACAACCAAUACCCAGAUGAAGCCAAGAGAGAGGAGAUUUCAAAUGCUUGCAAUGCAGUCAUACAAAAGCCAGGUAGGAAGCUGACCGAGUCUGAACGAGUGACCCCUCUGAAAGUGUACAACUGGUUUGCCAAUCGCAGAAAGGAGAUCAAGAGGAGAGCGAACAUUGAAGCAGCAAUCCUAGAAACCCAUGGUAUCGAUGUGCAAAGCCCAGGUGGACAUUCCAAUAGUGACGAUAUUGAUGGGAGUGAUUUCCUGGAGCAGGAUGACAACACGAGUCACAGUGAUCCCCAGCAAGAUCCUAUCUCUUUAGCUGUCGAAAUGGCUGCAGUCAAUCACACCAUCCUAGCAUUGGCCAGACAAGGGGGUAGCGAAAUAAAGAGAGAGGUGAUUGAAGAUGACUGAAGCCACUGUUGGGAAGGACUGAGAUUUGGUCCAUCAUUGGCCUACCCUAUCCUUAAUGUAAUCUCAAUAUAUCUGUGCGUGAUCUUGUUUUGAACUAGUUAAUAGGGUUCUCUUCAUCCAGAUUUCAGUAAACUAUCCUGUGAGGUGACCCAGGCAAAAGUCGUGCCUCUCACCCUGAAGCCCUCCAAUAUCCUGGUCAAAGGUGUGCCUCUGCCCUUAACGUCUGACUGCAAACAUUCCUGGGUACUAUCCCAAGCAUGAAGUGUUCCUGAGCCCAGCAUUCCAGACAAAAUGUACCAGCGAGCCUGUAACUUCAACAUGUUUCUCAAAUCUUUGGUUUUGUAGCUUUUAAGGGUCCUUCUCCUACCACCCUUCUCCAUUGUUAUAGCUAAAGUUACAUCUCAAAGCACCCCUGCACCCAGAACUCUGCAAUGGACACUCUGGAUUGACUGAUUCCACCUGCCCUUAGCUUCAACCUUUUAAUAUUAAAUAUUCUUGGUUGAAAGUGAACGUUCCUUGGCUAAAUCUCCCUGGAUUUGCUGAUUAUCUGACCUGGGUCCUCGUUAUCAGCGAUGGGUUUGGGAAUUGAAAAUGCGGGUUGGUUCAGACAGAAUAUUUCCCUUGCUGCUGGAUCGUCGCUAACAAAGACUAGGACUAGAUCGCAUCACGUUGCUGGUUGUAACCAGUGGCAACCUCCUUAUGCUAACUGACCAUCAAAAAUUACAGUAGGUUGGGACAUCAGUGCCCCUUAAUACCAUUGUGUAUUCAGUUGGGACAGGCAAUUGCUUAGAUAACAGGCCUUGCAUAAAUUGGGAAUGGUUGUAACAAAACUGACCACUUGUACUUAACAAGGCAGCUUUAAUGUAAUUGAAUAAGCGAAGAUCAAGCUUGAACCUGGCGAAAUAUCUGAUUUUUAUUAGAUUUGCACUUACAAGAGUUUGUUUCCAUGUCCAGCCCAGGAGAUCGUCCUUUUUCAGAAAAUGUACCCACUACAACCAGCAGACCUGAUUCACUUCCUCAAAGUUCUAAAAGACUAUUCUUAAUCCAACUCUUCCACUGCAGCCUCCACUAUCCUAGUAUGCUCACUGCCGGUGUAUCGUUAACGAGCCAAUUUGCAUUUAGCGAGGAUCCAUAUUUAUCUCGAGUUCCUGCAUAGGCCAAAAGCUGCUUUUUUUUUUUUUGUGCAUGGUAUUUCCCUUGUGCAGUGCCCAGUGAAACAGUGGGUAUUCCACAUGCAGAACCUUCUGGUUGCAUGAAAACAGAGCGCAAAGUAGAAGUUAAUGUUUCAGGUCAAUGACCUUUCAUCAGAACAGGAAAAAAAGUCAAGAAUGUAAAAGGUUUCAAAACAAGUGCAGGGAAGAGGAGGGAAGAAUACAAUGUAGGACCUCCUUGGGUGCUUGCAGAAGAAUCUUACCAGACAGGAGUUUGAGCCUCAUAAUAGCUUUGCCACAGACACAAUUUAUGGUGGAUUAACUAAUAACAACCUGGGUGCCAGUAGGAAUGCUGGAAAUAGCCUUCCUGGACUAGGAUGAAAAAUUAAGCAGGAUUCCGACUCCCGGACACACAUGUGGUAGGUUGAGGACAUUGUGCUGAAGCUUAAUGCCUGAGCUCCAAUAUUGAAAGAUCAGGGUGAAGUACUGAAGGCAAGUGGAACCUUAUCCAGCAUAGCUCUCCGACUGCAGGAGAAGAAUUGACAGAGGGAAGAAAUAAAGCUUGAGAAGUCAAGAUGCUACUAACCAGUGUUAAAAGAUGGAUGGCAUUUUAGAUGAAUUUUGUUCCUGGAACUUGAUCUCAAACCAGAAAAUUUACUGUCAGUAAGAACUACA